ACUUAGAAGAUAAAACACCUGAUAAACUAAAUAAACAUUACUGAUUGUGUGCCAAACACUUUGAGACGUCUAUGAUCUGUAGAACUAUACAUUUUGCAGAGGCAUCAGAAAACUAAAGAAUGAUUGGGUUAUUGUAUUUCUCAAAAUUAAUUGAAGCAAAUACAUGUGAAGUCAUUGGGAGAGUCCUUAUAGGACAGUUCUUCGAGAUAAUGCAAUGCCAACAAUAUUUGAUCUUACCAGCCAUUUGAAUAAUCCACACAGUAGACACAGAAAACGAAUAAAAGAAUUGAGUGAAGAUGAAAUCAGGACACUGAAACAGAAAAAAAUUGAUGAAACUUCUGAACAGGAACCAAAACAUAAGGAAAUAAACAGCAACAAUGCUCAGAACCCCAGUGCAGAAGGGAGUGAAGAGCAGGGUGAAGACAUUUUAACUUUAACCCUUGAAGAGAAGGAAAACAAAGAAUACUUAAAAUCUUUAUUUGAAAUUUUGAUUCUUAUGGGAAAACAGAACAUACCUCUGGAUGGAUAUGAAACUGAUGAAAUCCCAGAAGGUCUCUUUACUCCUGAUAACUUUCAAGCACUGCUGGAGUGCCGGAUCAAUUCUGGUGAAGAGGUUCUGAGAAGGCGCUUUGAGACAGCAGCAGUUAACACAUUGUUCUGUUUGAAAACACAGCAGAAACAGAUGCUAGAGAGCUGUGAGAGCUGCAUUUGGGAAGAAACCCUAAGGGAAGUGAGAGAUCACUUCUUUUCCAUCGUCACUGACGAUGUGGUGGACUUAGCAGGGGAAGAGCACCUGCCUGUGUUGGUGAGGUUUGUUGAUGAAGCUCACAACCUGAGAGAGGAAUUUGUGGGCUUCCUGCCUUAUGAAGCGGAUGCAGAAAUUUUGGCUGUGAAAUUUCACACUACGAUAACUGAGAAGUGGGGAUUCAACAUGGAGUACUGUCGUGGCCAGGCUUACAUUGUGUCCAGUGGAUUUUCUUCCAAAGUGAAAGUUGUUGCUUCUAGACUUUUAGAGAAAUAUCCCCAAGCUAUCUACACACUCUGCUCUUCCUGUGCCUUAAAUAUGUGGUUGGCAAAAUCAGUGCCUGUUAUGGGAGUAUCUGUCACAUUAGGAACAAUUGAGGAAGCUUGUUCUUUUUCCCAUCAAUCACCACAACUGCUUUUAGAGCUUGACAAUGUAAUUUCUGUUCUAUUUCAGAACAAUGAAGAAAGGGGCAAAGAACUGAAGGAAAUUUGCCAUUCUCAGUGGACAGGCACGCAUGAUGCUUUUGAAAUCUUAGUGGACCUCCUACAAACACUUGUUUUAUGUACAGAUGGUAUAAAUAGUGACACAAAUGUUAGAUGGAAUAACCGUAUAGCUGGCCGAGCAUUUGUACUCUGUAGUGCAGUAACAGAUUUUGAUUUCAUCGUUACCAACAUUGUUCUUAAAAAUGUUCUAUCUUUUACAAGAGCCUUUGGGAAAAAUCUUCAGGGGUAA